CCUCGGAUGGUUGUUUUGGGGGCUUGUUUUGGCAACCGUGUCCUGAUAAAGUGCAGACCUGUCCUGACCUCGGCAUAGAAUACUCAGACGCUCUGGGAUCAGUGCUGACGAAUUCCAUUUCUUAAAUUGAGAUAUAACUAACGAAGAACAAAUACUGAAAGCACUAGUCCAACUGUCUAUUUAUAGAGACAAUGCAGCAGCAACCGCCCCCGUACAUGCCGCCACAGCAGCAGCAGCAGUAUCCCCCGGGGUAUGUGCAACAACCGAUGUAUCAACAGCCCAUGCACAUGAUGCCCCAGCAACAGCAGCAACAACAACAGUCGGUUGUCGUGGUCAACAAUAGUGCCCCUGCUCCCGUCCCUGCCCAGACGGUCGUCGUAGAGAGACCACGUGUGAAUCAUUUCCUACAUCUCAUCAUAACUAUUCUCUUCUUCCCCUGGGUCAUCGUGUGGUUCAUUCUGUGCAUUACGGAAGGAGGAUUUGGUAUCACCCCGGCAUAAGGAUGAUACAACUGGACGUCUACCUGUGAUAAAGAUAUGUGAUCAUCAUCUGUGAUGUCGAGUUUGUGUUUACUCCAAUCAGUAAACAGAGACGGUGAUAUGAGAAUGUUUCCAUAUCCUCAUCAAAGACCAUAUAUACUGUUUUAUAUGUACUUGUUGAUUUUUUAAUUUACAAAAAAAAAGAAACGAGUUCAAUUCCAACUGGGCGAUGGGGUAGCAAAGUGGUUAAAGCGUUCGCUCGUCAAGCCGAAGACCCGGGUUCGAUUCCCCUCAUGGGUACAAUGUGUGAAACCCAUUUCCUGUGUUCCCCGUGAUAUUGCUGGAAUAUUGCUAAAAGCGGCGUAAAACCGUACUCACUCACUCACUCAUUCCAACUGUUAUUAUGUAUGAGGAAUGUGAACAGAGUCAUCUAAUCAUGUCCCAAACAUAACACUCGUGUUUAACAAUAAAGUGUAACAU